AUGAUGAAUAAAGAAAAAUAUGUAGACAUUUUAAAAGAGGAUAAACCAAGUACUCUAUAUAUUGAAAAAAAUAUUAUUAAAAACAACCAUGUCAUAUUAAAUAAAGAUAGGAAUAUUAUAAAAACUGUUGAUAAUAAUUUUGAGUAUAAGAAUGAGUGUUACCAGAAAGAUUAUAAAAAUGAUAUAAUAGAUAAAGGAAAUGUUUAUGAUAAAUAUAUUAAUAAUAAUAAUAAUAAUAAUGAAGGUACAAAAAAAAAUUGUUUGAGAUAUGAUAGAUUUCAUAUUUAUGAUGAUAAAAUAAAAAACAUCGAUGAUAUAAAUGAAACUAUAAAAAUGAAAGAAGAAAAAAUAAUAAUUCCAUUACAUACAUUUGACGAAAAAAAAACUAAUAAUAUGGAUCUAAAAAUUAGUAAUAACGAUAUUUACAAUAAUAUGAACCCUUGUAAUGAUAAUAUUAAAAAUGAUAUCUUGGAAGUGAAUAUUGAAAAAGAAAAGAGAAAUGUUAUGAAUGAGAAAGGUAAUAAUUUUGUAAAUAAUAAAAUGGGAAUUGAUAAUAUAGAGGGGGAACAUAAGGAUGGUAUAAUAAGUCCUAAUAAUUAUAUAAAAUUAAAAAAUAUAAAUGAAAAUGAUAAGAUAAAUAAUAAUGAUAGGAUAAAUAAUAAUGAUAAGAUAAAUAAUAAUGAUAAUAUAAAUAAUAAAAAAAAAAGUAGUAAGAGAACGGGCAUCCCUUUAAACGAAAGAAAAUAUUAUCGUAUCCUUGCUAAACAAAUGAAGAAGAUUCAAGGAUUAACAUUUGAUCAUAACCAAAUAAGAUGGAUAGCAUAUUGGAAAAAUGAAAACAAUAAACAAAUACAAAAACAUUUUCCUGUGUGCAAGUUUGGUUUUCAUGAAGCUAGACAGCUAGCUCUAGAAUUUCGAAAUUUAAAAAUUAAUGACAAAAAUAAAAAUAGUAACCAAAAAAAUAAAAAUAUCAACAAUAAUAAUAAUAUGAACAAUAAUAAUGUAAACAAUAAUAAUGUAAACAAUAAUAAUGUAAACAAUAAUAAUGGUAAUUAUAUUAAAAAAAAAGAUAAAAAUAAAAAAUAUGUUAUAAAUAUAAAGAAUCAAUAUAAUAACAAUGGAAAGCAAUACAUUAAUCAUUACCCUCAAAAUAUAAAUAUAAAUCAUAUGAACUUUAAUAUGAAUAAUCUAAAUAUGGAUUAUACUCACAAUAAUAAUAAUAAUAAUAAUAUGUUUAAUGGAUUACAUAAUAAUUCUUUAUCUAAAUUAAAGUUAUGUAACAACAUAGAAGAUAUAUACUGUAAUGAAGUAAAAUUACAAGAGCCGUACAGAAUAAAUAUAUUAUCAAGAAAUAUGGAGAAUAAAGAAAAUGAUAUAUAUAUAUAUGAACAUAAUAUUGGAAAACAUUUUGAUAAUAAUAAUAAUAAUGAUAAUUAUAGUAAUUAUGUUCAUUCGUACGGUUUACAUAACAAUUUAUAUAAUCAUGCUGAAAAAAAAGAAAUAUUAAAUAAUAUGAUAUACAAUAUUGAAGGGGUUAAUAAUAAUUAUAUAGGAUAUGAUACACAGGAUAUGGAAAAUAAUUAUUUACAAAAUUAUGACUUUGGGAAAAUCGAUUUGAAUAACUCAUUUGAUAAUAUAAAUUAUAUGUAUGAAAAUGGGAAAUAUAAUAGUACAUAUGUUCAAGAUAUUCAUAAUAAUAAUCAUAAUAAUAAUAAUAUUAUGGUUCAUAAUAUGUAUGCUAAUGAUGAUUUGGUCAAAGGGAACUAUGAUGGUAAUACAAAUUAUUGUAAUAUGGAUAAUGAUAAAAAAAUAACAAACGAACAUAGUAUUGUUUAUAAUAAUAAUAAUUGUUAUUAUUAUUAUAAUUAUGUUCUUCCUUAUACUUUAAACCUUGAUAAGAAAUAUAUAAAUAAUUAUAAUUUUCCUUACUCAUAUAAUACUAUGAAAAAUGAUCCCAAUAUCGAAAGUGCAGAUGAUGCAAGGACGUUUCCAUAUGUAUCAUCAUAUGAAAAAAGUAAAAUUCCAAUAUAUUAUGAAAUGAACACAAAUAAUAAAAAUGACAAGAAAAUUGAUUAUGAUGAUGAUGAUGAUGAUGAUAAUAAUAAUAAUAAUAUAUCAUGUACAUAUGGGACCCAUCAAAAUUUGUUACAUAAUUAUAAUAAUAAUAAUAUGGAUGAACCUAUAGAAGAAGAGAAUACAUAUUAUGAUAAAGAAUAUAAGAAUAAAACGGAAAACACAAAUUUAUUAAAAAAUAUUAAAGUUAAUAAUAUAAUGAAUGUAAAUAAUAAUAAUGAACAUAUAAAAAUUAAUUUAUAUAGUAAUAAGAAAAAUGAAAAAGACUUAUUAACUUAUACAUUAACAAGAACGUCCACCUCAUCACAUUUAUCAGAACAUUUAAACAUAUUUAUAAAAAAUAAUCAAAAUGUGUCUUUAGAAAAAGAUAGUACCAAAAGUAAUAUAUUUAGGAAGGAUGAAAAAUUCUUUUUAGUAACAAAGGAUAAUUCUCAUAUAUCAAAAAAAAUGGAUAUUCAUAAUGAUAAAAGCAAUCAAAAAAACAAGAACACAAAGAAUAAGAAUAAGAAUAAGAAGAAGAAGAAGAAAAAGAAAAAAAAAAUAAUAAAAUCGUGUACUGAUGAAAUAAACAAAAAAAAUAUAGAAAAUCAUGUAAAGUCAAAUGAUUCAAUUGUGAAAUGUGAAAAUACAAAAUACCAUAAAAUAGAAAGUAAUAAUCUAACACACAUAAAUCAUCAAAAAGAAGAUGAGAAGAAUAUAAGUAAAUUGGAUAGUAUAAAAAAUAUACAUUCCUAUGAAAAGUGUAUGCAAAAUAAGUUAUAUAAAUCAAAUUAUUAUACGCAAAAUUUACAAUGUGAAAAAAAUGAUAUGUGUACAAAUUUGUUUAGUAAAAAGUGGAUACAAUAUAAUGAUGAGGAACAUAAAAAUGAAACUGAUUUAAUAGAAAUAGAAAAAAAUAAAGAAGGUAUUUUAUAUAAUGUAAAUGUGUAUAACAAUAAAAAUAUAUGUAACAAUAAAAAUAUAUGUAACAAUACAAAUAUAUGUAACAAUAAAAAUAUAUGUAAUAAUCAAAAUAUAUGUAACAAUAAAAAUAUAUGUAAUAAUAAAAAUAUUUAUAAUUACGAUAAUGCUAGGAAGGAUGGACAUAUGAUCAAUAUGUCUAGCCAAAACAAAUUAUCAAAAGAAAAGGCUCUAAAAACGUGUGACUUUACAUUAAUAAAUAAAAAUGACGAUACUCAUAAUAAUGAUAUUAACAAUAUUCAUAAUAAAUGUGAUAUGGAUCAUCUGUAUAAUCAUAUUAUUCCUUAUAAAAAUAUAAAGAUAACUGAAGAGUACAAAAGUAAUAAAAAAAAUGAUACAAAUCAUAACAAAUAUACAAAUAAAAAAAAGAUAAGUAAAGAAAAAAAAACGAACAAUGUUUCUUAUAAGUUUAAUGAUGUAAAAGAAAAUGAUAAAGAUCAAGGAGAUAUAACAAAUUUCUACCAUGAGAUGAUGAGAAUACCAAAAAUGAAAGGAGUUCAUUUUGAUGCAAGACAAAAAAGAUGGUGUGCUUAUGGAUAUAAAAAAAAAGAAUGUUUUUCUGUUUAUCGUUAUGGUUUUUUAAUAGCACGUGAACUAGCUAUAAGAAGUCGAUUAAAAGUACAAAAGAGAAAAAAUAAUUUAAGAAUAAGAAAAAUGAAUACUCGAGAAAAUGAGAAAAAAAAAGAAAAGCAAAAUAAUUUAACUUUUAACAAUAUAUCACAAAGAAAAAAUAAUUAUUGGAAUAAAAUAUCUGAUGAAAAUCAUAAAAAAAAAAAAACAAAUCACAUAAUAAAUGAUAAUCUUAUAUAUAAUAAAUAUGAUAAUAAAACUGAAGAGAUAAAUUCUUAUGAAAAAGAAGUGAUAAAUAAUAAGAUGUAUCAUAAUAAUAUGUAUGAUGAACAUAAUAAGAUAAAUAUUUAUUAUAAUGAAAAAAAUAUAAAUGAAAAUUUUAAUUACAUAACGGAUAAUAAUAAAGAUAUUUACAACAACAACAAUAAUAAUAAUAAUAAUAAUAAUAAUAAUAAUAAUUAUUGUAAUGUUUAUGAAGAUAGUUAUAAUAAUUAUAAUAAUAUGAUGAUCAUUCAAAAUAAAACAGAUAAAAAUGAUACCAAGCAUACAAGUUGUCAUAUCCCAAGAAAUAUAGAACAACAUCUUUAUUAUAAUGAUGAUCAAAAUAUAAAUGAUUACAAAUGUAACAAUAAUAUGAAUAAUAUGAAUAAUAACCGUGAACAAUAUUGUAAUAACCGUGAACAGUAUUGUAAUAACCGUGAACAAUAUUGUAAUAACCGUGAACAAUAUUGUAAUAACCGUGAACAAUAUUGUAAUAACCGUGAACAAUAUUGUAAUAACCGUGAACAAUAUUGUAAUAACCGUGAACAAUAUUGUAAUAACCGUGAACAAUAUUGUAAUAACCGUGAACAAUAUUGUAAUAACCCUGAACAAUAUUAUAAUAACCAUGAACAAUAUUGUAAUAACCCUGAACAAUAUUGUAAUAACCCUGAACAAUAUUGUAAUAACCCUGAACAAUAUUGUAAUAACCCUGAACAAUAUUAUAAUAACCAUGAACAAUAUUGUAAUAACCCUGAACAAUAUUAUAAAAACAAUAAUAUUCAACAAAGUAAUCAUUCAUAUAAUAUAAAUAAUAAUACAAUAAACUGUAAAACAAAUCCAGAAGAAGAAAAUAUGCUCGUAAAUAUAAAUAACGAAUUUAAUAAUAAGUUACCAAACUUUUAUACUGAUACUAAUUUGAUUAAUAGUAAGGAAACUAAUAAAAACCUUCAUGGAAUAAACGAUUUAAAUAAUGAAAAUAAAAAGUUUUUUUUUUUAAAUAACAUAAAUAAUUAUCAUAGUAAGGAUAUUAUGGAUAAUUAUAAACAAACAGAUAAUAUAAAUGAAGAAGAUAUAAAAAAUAUAACUCCUGUAAAUAAAAAUAAUAUAAAUAAUAUUAUAUGUAUGACUAAUGAAAAAGAGAAUAUGUCAAAUCAUACAAAAGAAUAUAAAAUAAAAAAUAUUGAUUAUAAUGAUAACAUAUAUGUAUCCGAUUCUUUAAAUGAAUAUUAUAACAAUAAUAAGAAUAUCGAAGAAAUAAAUAAUAAAAAGAAUAAUCAUAUUUAUACUAGUAGUAAUCAAAUUUAUAAUUGUAUAUAUAAUAUAGAUAAAGAUGAAUAUAAUAAUCAAAAUGUUAUAUCUAUUUAUAAUAAUUUUUAUAAUAUACAGGAAAAUAUAAAUGAGAAUCAUUCCAAAAAAAAAAAAAAGAUUAGUGUUAAUAAUGUUAAUAUAAAUUAUAUAAAUGAUCAAAAUUAUGGAAACAUGUAUUAUAAUGAAUUUAAUAGUUCUAUAUUAUUUUCUAUACCUCCUGAUGAUAUGUAUGUAGCUAGACAAAAUGUGGACACAGAAAAAAAAAAAAAAAAGGUAUUUUAUAUAAUACCUCCAAAGAUUAAUAAUAAUGAAGAGAAUACAUUUAAUGGAAACAUGAUAUAUGUUGAUGAAUAUAAUAAUGAAAUAAUACAAAAUGGUGAUGAUAAUAAUAAUAUUCAUAAUAAUAAUAAUAAUAUUUAUAUUCAUAAUAAUAAUAUAAAUAAUAAUUAUAAUAAUAUUUAUAUUCAUAACAAUUGUGAUAAUGAUAAUGUUAUGGAAAAGAUAUCUAAUAUACAAUAUGAUAAUACAUAUAAAUUAAAUGAAGAAAUAAAAGAAGAUGAAAAAAAUAUAUAUUUAUAUUUAUCAAAUCAUCCAUAUGAUAAUUUAAAAAAGGAUUAUCAUAUUAAUGAACAGAAAUGUUUGGAUAAUACAAAUAAUCAAACUGAUGAUAAUUUUUAUAAUGUAUAUUUAUGGAAUGAAAUAAAAAAAAAAGAUGAACCUUUUCAAGAUAAUUUAACAAAUGAAAAUUUAAGCGAUGAAUUGUUUUUUUUAAAAAAUAAAAAUUACUCUGUAGAAAAAUAUAGAGAAGAUGUGAUUAAUAAUAAAGGAAAACACGAAACUCAUUUCACCUCAAAUAAUUAUAACACAAAAAAUAAAGAUAAUCAUUUUAUAAAUAAUUCAUAUAAAAAUACAAAGGAUAGUAUUCAUUUAUAUAAUUUAAACCAAGUGAAAAAGGAAAAGUUAUAUACAAUUCAUGAUACAAAAAAUUUAGUACUAAGGAAAAUAAAUAUAUUAAAAGAAUUUGAUCAUAAAUUCUUAUCUCCUGGGAUGGUAAAUAUAAAUAUACAUGAUGAGGACAUCAAAAAGAAUAAACAUUACAAUUUUGUGUAUGAAGAAAUUAUUCAUAAAUAUUGUUUGAGUAUUUUUAAAAAAAUUAACAUUAGUACUUUUUUUAAGGAUAAUGAAAAACGUAUUUUUCUUAUGGAAAAUUAUUGGGAAUAUAGUAUAUUAACUCUACACGAUUUCAACGUAAAUAUGGUACAUGACAUGCCAGCACGUUUGAACCUUAGAAAAAUAAUUUAUAAAUAUUUAAUUUUAGAACUAUUUACAAAUGCUCAGAGUUGUAAUUUUCUUACAUGCAUUGAAAAGGGGACAACUUUUUUGAUUUCUCAUAUAAACAAAGAUAUGGAAAAAGAAAUAUUCCAAAAAAAAUCAAGAAAAUAUAUAAAUUUAAUGAAAAAGGUACAGAUAUAUCAUUUAAACAUGAUAGAUAAUAUAUAUGAUUUAAAAGCUAUACAAUUAUAUACAAACAUUCUUAUAAAUUGUUUGAUACAAAAUACAACAUCAAGCAACUUAUCGUUUAAAGAACAAGAAAUGUUAUUAAGAUCUCUACUGUUUUUUUAUUUUAAAAAAAAAUUUAUAUGA